AUGACUUGCGGCGAGUGCAUGACUGGAUCUCAUGAUCUUGAGAGAACUGCGGGCGCACCACCACCUUCUCUCCCCCAACCUGCAGCUGUCGUGUCGUAUGGUACUUUGGCUGCUCAGCCGAUUCCACCUCCACUGCCACCACAGCCGACAGUUGCUCCCGUCCACGUCGUUCAGACUCCUGAAGCUCCGAUACGAUCGCCAAGUCCCCCAAACCCAGCACUCAGCGAUGUCAUCUCAAUCAUUGACAGCUAUGGCUCAGGCUCAAUCCCGAUCUUUGCUGCCUUUGAUGGAACCCCUGUUGCGCCUCUUUCUGCAUCCGAGGACUCAACACGACAAGCACCAAUUCGACCUCCACGUCCAAGCUCUAGCCUCUAUCCAUCAAUUCCGGAUACGACCAGCUCAGCUUAUUCCAUGAUUCCAGGCAAUCCAGACAGCUUCGCCCACAAGUAUGAUCUGAUCCGUACUUUGAAGCCCUCCACGGAAGGUUCGAUUCAUCUAGUCGCCUCCCGCGAGACUGGUGAGCGAUAUAUCAUCAAGCAAUGCCACGACGUCCGAGAUUCGCAUGACUGGUGGCGUCCCGGGCCCGAAAUCGACAUUCUAAAGUAUAAGAUUCAGUACCGGCACCCAAACAUCAUCAGUGUCGUUGACACGAUACCAGACGACACCCUUCCUUUACACCCCAUGACGAACAUGGUGACCGAAUUCUGCGAUGGAGGCGACCUUGGCGAACUGAUCGAACACCUCUAUCGGAGCAAUCAGCGGACCCCCCGUCACCUCAUCUUCCACUUCAUCUCCAGCAUGAUCAAUGCACUGGGUUUCAUCCAUCACGGUGACAUUGCAUACGACCACGAAUCGGACACCACGACAUCGAUAAGUUUCCGGCAGGAUCCGAUUGUGCACCGCGACAUCAAGCCAGGGAAUAUCUUCAUGAAGUGGAAGCCGAACAGCAGUCUUCCUGAUAUCGUACUCGCUGAUUUCGGCCACGCGGAGCUUGCUUCUAGGAUCGAAGGCGUAGGUGGUACUGAUGGCUUCAGAGCACCAGAAGCCGAGAAUGCAUUAACGGAUCCCUCCAUCGAUCAUAGGUCAUUCGUCUGUACUUCCGCAGGCGACAUCUACGCCUUUGGAAUGUCGCUGUACAUGCUAAUCACCCACCACAUGCCAGAGCGCUUUGACUGGGAUACCAUCGAUGCCGAAUUUGCUCGCUCUACGGUUACUGACUGUCCCGAUGUCCUGGAAAUACUCAAAGCUUGCCUCGCUUUCCGUCCGGCUGAUAGGCCUCGAGCUAACCAGCUUUACGCAAUGGCCAGCGUAUAUAAGCGCGCUUUUCAGGGCUGGUCGGAGGAUGGUGGCAGAUUAAAUCCCAGCAUCUGGCCAAAUACUCACAACCAGCAGACUUCGAGCAGUGGCACGUCCAGCUACGCUUCGCCGCACUAUGGCCCUGCAAGCAGCGUCUAUAGCUCACCGCUCAGCAGCGUUGCUUCUGGUGAGAAUCUCCAUCAACUUCGACAUGUCCAUGGACGAGUUAACCUUACGGCGUAUCGGUCUAACAACAGCAGCAGUCCAUUCACGAGCCAAGCAGGCAGCUAUCCAGCACCGAUCAUUAUUGCUCCAGCUUCCACCGGUGCUGUCGUUCAAGGCAGCGCAGGUGUAUUCUUAGACCUGCCGAUAGCAGACGCUGACCAGCUUGGCAGUGCGUUCUCCUGGGAUAGCACCGAGGCCGAGAGCGAAGAUGGCGACAGCCCCCCUUCAGACGGCGCUGACGCAUUGUCAGAUGCCGUCUUUCAUGUCACGGUGUAG